UAGUCAAAUGAACGGGGUCUCUUCAUGCAACCAGCAGGGGGUGCUGGCUGUCACAGGUAGAGACUGUUUGUUUUGUGACACCAUGUGAGAGGUAACUAGAUGCCGCUACAACAUUGAACAGAGAAGUCAACCAUGAACGACAGUGAAGGAUAUUGUGUGAGGCAGCACACUAUGCCUCCUUUCUCCAACAGGACCCUCCGUCACCCCUCUUUCAUGCCUCUCUACAUGGCUGCUGGCUUCCAACACCGUCACAUCGACUGUAUCAACCAAACAGUCCAUCCCAUCAUCCCAGCAGAGGUUUUCUACACUGAUCCCACCAUGAGCUGUGGGAGGAGGAUCCCCAACGUAGUGAGUGAGUUGCAGGUUUUCGAGUGCUUCCGGCUCAACACUCCGACACCAGUGAUGUCCGCCUGCCUGGCUCCACCGACCCGUCCAGACCCAUUCAGAUCAGGACUACACCCAACCAGGGAUCUGGGCAACCUCACCUUGGAAAUAAAUACUCCCCACCCUCCAGUGCAGCCAAGCCGGGUUGUCCUCCAGCUUACCCAAGAGGAGGACCAGGCCAUUACUAACCUCCUGAAACUGCACCACCAAGAGCCUUUACAGAAUGAGCAGAGCAUUACUGCUCGGCAUAUGGACUUUUCCAGCGUAGACUUGGACCCCAUCUCGUUCCUUCACCCUGAAUUUAUGGACUUCACUUCAGCUGAGCUGGAAGUAUACAAGCCCUUCUGUAGGGAUGUGCAGUAUCCGAGAGAGGCCAGUAUGCAAAGUCGGCUGCAGCAGGGAAGGUGUUGGUCAGAUACAGAGCUUGAGGCAGCGAACACCCUCUCUAGUUGCUUCAGCCUGAUGGAGAAGGACAACAUGUGGAGCCAGUAAUACUUCCUGAUCUUCUGCUACACCAGCGUCGCGAGGAUUCAUCAACGAGCACUGAAACCCAACAAGGAUCUGUAGUUGUGCCAGGGAAUAUGGAGAACUAUGUCUUAAACCGUUCUGUGUCCCUUGGUGAGUUUUAAAGGGACUCUACCUCCUUUCUCAUUAUGGAAACGACUAGUUGAGGGUUCUUUGCACUGGUUCCCAAAUAUACCCCUCAAAAAACCCUUUUAUUCUAGGAUGAGAAUUGACGUUUUUACCCAUUUGAUAAGUCUACCUUUGAGUGUUGCACAUUUCCCUUGUAAUAUUCUUACUACUGUAUCGGUGUUCAAUAAAAAUCAAGAGUUGAGCCUUGGGCUAAAAA